AUGUCGGUUAACAUAUUGUUACAAGACUCCGCUAUAACUCCUCAGUCUCCAAAAUGGCGGGGAGCCAUAGAGAAGCGUAUCGAGGAAGAGAGGCGCCUCACCAUAGAGGCGGUGAGCACCGGCGCGCGCGUCGACCCUGGAAAGUUUUGGGACUUAUCCGGGACAUUUCUGUUCACUGUCUAUGUUAUGACGGCUUUGGGCUUCGGCGCGCCAAUGCCGCAGACAAAUUGGGGACGAACCUCCGCGCUAAUAUACGCUGCCUUUGCUGUUCCAGCACACUUUUAUUUAAUGCUAAACGCCAGCCUAUGUAUAGUGGUACGCGUUCAAGCUUGCCUCAAUAGGCUGAGAUGUGACCCGGACAAGCCGGACACUGUGCUACAUAAUGAGACAGAAAGCCCAAACUGCAGUCGAAGCUCGGAGGUUCUGAAAUCACCUACUAGAAGAGGAGUUCGUAAGAAAAUAAUGCGCUUACUAGGCAUGCUAAGCGUUUGUCGCUGGACGUUCCUGACAGCGGUUCUAUACUACCUCUGCGGAGCGGUGGCGUUCGGAUGGGCACGGGAGAGGAAACCCGUAGACAUAGCCAUGUUCCCCGUCGAGUUUACUACCACCGGGGGCUUGGACCGGGUAACGGGUAACGUGCGGUUCCUGUACGGCUGGUACGUGGAAGGCGCGGUGCUGCUUCUGUCCUGCGGGUUGACCAUGCUGAGGCAACAGGGCGGGUCAGUCGUCGCUUAUAUAGCUGAGAAGUAUAAAUUGUACGAAACACAAUGA